CGUGUAUCUCUCUCCUUUCCACCAACUCCACCUAGUCUCACUCUGAAUGGCGAUGAAAAGCCAUCGGUGACAAAAUAAAAAAUGGACGAAAAUGGCAUGUGAGGUGUUGUUGAAUUCCGGUGAAAUGUUUGGUUAUCGCAGCCACCUAGAAUGGGAGGAUGCAUAGGUAUAACUCGGGCAAGAACAGCCUCUGUAGACGACACAUCAGCCAAUUCAACGAGAACCCAUUCAGGUAAUUCGAGAAAAAAUCAUCCACUGUGUCACGAAGUGAUCAGAUGGAAGUCGGACGUGCCAUUGACAGAAGGUCAAUUACGAAGCAAACGCGACGAAUUUUGGGACACAGCACCUGCCUUCGAGGGAAGAAAGGAAAUAUGGGAUGCACUGAGGGCUGGUGCAACUGCUGCUGAGGCACAGGAUUAUCAGUUGGCACAGGCGAUACUGGAUGGUGCUAAUAUUUCUGUACCUGAUGGAUUUUUAACAGAGUGCUAUGAUGAACUGGGAACGAGGUAUCAGGUGCCCAUCUACUGUCUGUCAUAUCCCAUUAAUAUUGUUAAAGAGGACAGCGGCAGGGAUUCACCUGCUGAUUGUUCAGAACCUGUUGAUGGUGGAACUGAAAUGACCCUCAAAUUGAGACUGUCGACGACCCUCGGGGACGUCAAACUACCUGUGUACAGUAAAGAUACUAUCGGAAUUGCGAAAAAGAAAUUACAGAGUCAAGAAGGGCUUGAGCCAUCCCGACAGAGAUGGUUUUUCGGUGGAAAACUCCUCGGUGACAAGAUGCACAUCGAAGAGGCCAAGGUCCAACCCGGUUACGUAGUCCAGGUAAUCGUAAACUCGGAAAAAAUUGACGAAAGUCCAUCGAAAACCAGCUGAAGAGAUCUCCCUGGAUCUCAAACGAAAAAAAAAACACCUCUUCGUACGGCUCUGAAUAAUCAGGGACACUCGAAAGUUCACACCUUCGUGUUUUUUUUCCAUACAUUCACGUUAGUUUCUUUUCACUGAGGUGCGAAACUGAUGGUGGAAGCCCAGGGAUAUGUCACAAUGCACUCGAAUUGUACAGUAAGACUUGACUGACGGUUUAGGCUUAUUCUUUUUAAUAAUAAGAGGAUAAUAAAAUUAUUGAAGCAUUUGUACUGUCAAAAAUAAUUAGAUCGUUUAAGCUUUAAAA